AUGGCUUCUGCUGGCGACGCACAAUCUCCCAAUUCCUCACCUCCCACCCUUCCAUGGAACCGUAAGCUUGCCGAUUUAUUCACUUCCUUCCUUUUCCGACGAGCAUUCCGAUCAGAUUUUACCGUCAACCGUCGUCUCCUCGGCCUUCUUGAUCGUAAAGUACCUCCUUUCACCACUCGCGGUGUCGCUGCCUCUGACAUGAACAUCGAUUCUUCCUCUUCCGACCACCUUUGGAUUCGUGUUUAUAAUCCUCUCACAUUCUUCAACUCCGAUCCUUUGCCUGUUAUCGUAUUCUUCCACGGCGGCGGAUUUGUGUACGGCUCUGCCGAUUCUCCGCCCAUCGACACAUUCUGUCGCGAUUUUGCUCGCGAAAUCGGAGCGAUUGUCAUCUCUGUCAACUACCGCCUCGCACCGGAACACCGAUUUCCGAGUCAAUUCGACGACGGAUUUCACGUUCUUAAAGCAAUGGAGGAAGGAGUGAUCUCCGAAACACUUCCUGAAAAUGCCGACCUGAGGCGCUGUUUCAUCGCCGGGGAAAGCGCCGGAGGAAACAUAGCUCAUCACGUGACGGUGAGAGCGGCGGAGGGUGAAUUGAAGAGGCUUAAGAUUGUAGGAAUGAUUUUGAUUCAGCCAUUUUUAGGAGGAGAAGAGCGAAGGGAUUCAGAGAUUCGAUUUGGGAGAGGUUAUGGAAUGACCGUGGAAAUGGCGGACUGGUUUUGGAAGGCGUGGUUGCCGGUGGGUUCAAACCGGGAUCAUCCGGCGGCUAACGUGGUUCGGUCGAGCAUUUCGGGGGUGAAGCUUCCACCGGCGGUGGUGGUGAUUGGGGGUUUGGAUUUGUUAAGAGAUAGGCAGAAAGAGUACGUAGAAUGGUUGAAGAAAUGGGGUGAAGAAGUUAGGGUGGUGGAGUAUCCCAAUGGAACCCAUGGGUUUAUUUGGAAACCGGAUCUUCCGGAAUAUUCCAUGCUGAUGCAAGAUGCCCCCAAACAAUUCGCCAACAAUUUUUCAUAA